AUGCACAGCUCGGUCACGAGACGACAUGGUCCGGCUAGUUGCGCACGUGACAGCGAGCAGCGGCGCGACAGUGGCGAGCGGUGGCGAGCGUUAGCGAGUGGCGGGCGAGGCGGGAGCGUGCAGCGACAUGCUAUAGGCCCCUGUCCUUCUUUCCCUUUCCCCCACUCCUUCUAUCCCUUCCCCCCUGUCCUUCCUCCUUUCCUCCAUGUCCUUCCCACCCUUUCCCCCUGUCAUUCUCUCCCUUUCCCCUUAGUCCUUCCCUCCCUUUCAUCGUUUUCGUUCCUCCUGAUGCUUAAUCCUCCCCCCUGUUCUUUCUUCCCUGUCCCCCUAUCCUUCCCUCCCCUUCUUCUCCCUCCCUCCUUUCCCCUCUCCCAACCCACUGCUUCGCCCUGCUCUCAUCCGUCCCCUUGCCCCCAUUCGUCCCUUUUCCCCCACUACCGUCGCUGCUUUUCCUGCUCAUUUCCCCCUUUCCUGAACCCUUCCUUUUCCUCUCUCACAUCCCUUCCCUCCCACCAUUCACCCCUCUCCCGGCCAUCCCUUUCCCCCCUCUCCUGUCCCUCCCCAUUCCCCUCAUCCGACCCUUCCCUUUCCACUAUGACCCCACGGUGGCAGGCGUGA